AAUCAAUUUGCUGCCCUUGGUGCUCCAAAGAAAGACACUUCUCAGAUUGAAGGACCAUCUUUAAAUAACACUUACGGUUUUAAAGUGAGUGUGGAAAACCUUCAGGAAGCAAAAUCUUUACAUGAGGUCCAACACCUUACCCUCAUCAGUAUGGAAUUACAUGCUCGGACCAGACGAGAUUUGGAACCAGACCCAGAGUUUGAUCCCAUCUGUGCUUUAUUCUAUUGCAUCUCGUCAGACACAGCACUGCCAAAUACUGAUAAAAAAGAAGUCACUGGCGCUAUAGUGAUUGAUAGAGACAGGAUGCUCUCAAGCCAAGGGAGCAGAGACCAGGCCCCCUUGCUCACAAGAUCUGGAGUUACAGGACUACAAGUCAGUUACGCUACUGAUGAAAGAACUCUUUUCCAGGAAGUAGUGAAUAUUGUAAAAAGAUAUGACCCAGACAUUUUGUUAGGUUAUGAAGUCCAGAUGCAUUCCUGGGGUUAUCUCUUACAGAGGGCUGCUGCACUAAAUGUUGAUUUAUGCCAGAUGAUUUCUCGUGUGCCAGAUGAAAAGAAAGAGAACAGGUUUGCGGCUGAGCUGGAUGAGUAUGGAUCAGAUACAAUGAGUGAAAUAAAUAUUGUUGGGCGUAUUAUCUUAAAUAUUUGGAGAAUGAUGAGAAAUGAGGUGAAUCUAAUGAAUUACACUUUUGAAAAUGUGGGCUUUCAUGUUCUUCAUCAACGUUUUCCGUUAUUUACUUUCCGAGUUCUGUCUGACUGGUUUGAUAAUAAGGCAGAUGUCUACAGAUGGAAAAUGGUUGAUCAUUAUGUUAGCCGUGUCCGUGGGAAUCUGCAGUUGUUAGACAAACUGGAUUUGAUUGACAGAACAAGUGAAAUGGCGAGACUUUUUGGCAUUCAGUUCUUGCAUGUAUUAACAAGAGGCUCCCAGUAUCGUGUGGAGUCUAUGAUGCUGCGUGUUGCAAAGCCAAUGAAUUACAUUGCUGUGACACCCAGUGUCCAGCAGCGAGCUCAGAUGAAAGCCCUGCAGUGUGUUCCCUUAAUCAUGGAACCAGAAUCCCGCUUCUACAGCAAUGCUGUCCUGGUAUUAGACUUCCAGUCGUUAUAUCCUUCCAUUGUGAUAGCGUACAACUACUGUUUUUCAACCUGCCUGGGACAUGUGGAAAACUUAGGAAAGUAUGAUGCAUUCAAAUUUGGCUGUACGUCUCUCAGAGUACCUCCUGACUUACUUUACCAGAUUAGGCACGAUAUCACAGUGUCACCCAGUGGAGUAGCUUUUGUCAAGCCUUCAGUACGAAAGGGCGUGCUGCCAAGAAUGCUGGAAGAAAUCUUGAAGACUAGGAUAAUGGUGAAACAGUCAAUGAAGGCUUAUAAGCAUGACAAGGCUAUAACUCGAAUGCUGGAAGCUCGUCAGUUGGGUCUCAAAUAUAUAGCUAAUUUUACAUUUGGUUAUACUGCUGCUAAUUUUUCUGGAAGAAUGCCAUGCGCUGAGGUUGGGGAUAGCAUUGUCCACAAAGCCAGAGAAACAUUGGAGCGUGCUAUAAAACUGGUGAAUGAUACAAAAAAAUGGGGUGCUCACGUUGUGUAUGGUGAUACUGACAGCAUGUUUGUACUCUUGAAAGGAGCCACGAAGGAACAGUCUUUUAAGAUUGGUCAAGAAAUUGCUGAAGCUGUAACAGCAACGAACCCCAAACCUGUUAAACUCAAGUUUGAAAAGGUCUACUUGCCGUGCGUCUUGCAAACUAAAAAGAGGUACGUGGGUUACAUGUAUGAAACACUGGACCAGAAGGACCCAGUAUUUGAUGCGAAAGGCAUAGAGACAGUCCGAAGGGACUCCUGUCCUGCUGUUUCCAAGAUACUUGAGUGUUCUAUCAAGCUGCUAUUUGAAACACGGGACAUCAGUCAGAUCAAACAAUACGUUCAGAAUCAAUGCAUGAAGUUACUAGAAGGCAAAGCCAGCAUGCAAGACUUCAUCUUUGCAAAAGAGUACAGAGGGAGUUCAGCUUACAGACCUGGAUCCUGUGUGCCAGCCCUGGAAAUCACCAGGAGAAUGCUUGCCUAUGACCGUCGCUCUGAGCCACGCGUUGGGGAGCGAGUGCCCUACGUCAUUGUGUACGGCAUGCCCGGGCUGCCCCUGAUACAGCUGGUGAGGCGGCCCAUGGAAGUGCUGCAGGAUCCCAACCUGAGGCUGAAUGCCACGUACUACAUCACCAAGCAGAUCCUCCCACCGCUGGCCAGGGUGUUCUCGCUUAUUGGCAUCGACGUCUUCAGCUGGUACCACGAGUUGCCGCGGAUUCAGAAAGCCGCCUCGGCUGCCCGAAGUGAGCUGGAAGGACGCAAAGGCACAAUCUCCCAGUAUUUCACGACCUUACACUGUCCUGUGUGUGAUGAACUGACCCAGCAUGGGAUCUGUACUAAAUGCAGAAGCCAGCCACAGCACGUGGCAGUGAUUCUGAACCAGGAAAUCCGAGAGCUGGAGCGUAAGCAAGAACAGCUGGUCAAGGUACGAUUAAAGCAUUGUCAGUUGUCUGUCAGCCGGAGACAGGGGCUGCAGUUUCAAAGCAGCGUGGGCCUGAACGCUCCCAGCAGAAAGGGGAAGUACAAUCCGGGCAUUAAACGUCCUGUAGCUCGUUUGCUUGUCCCGUUGCUGUUGAAGGCAGCAUAG